GUACCACCAGAGGAAGCACGCUCAGCAAGGACGAAAGGCAGGUGAAUGGUCUCAAGAAGCUGCAACAGGGAGGUUGUAGCAGGGGAGACACUGCAGUGAAGAGAACGCGACUUAUCAGUCAGUUUGGCGUAAUACUCCGCCAGGCAAGAGGUUUCUUGCUUGCAUGAGCGGACAGCAAUUGUGCUAGAAUCAUGCAUCCAUCCUAUCAUUGCUCUAGUAAAUCUUGAGCACGUUUGGUUCUAGUCGAUAUUAGAACAUUUAUUUGGAUGGUACUUUGACCUCGCUUGUCCUAUUUUAUGUCCCAUGCUGACAAUUGACACUCCUCUUUUUCAUUCCAAAUUCACGAAUACAGACCACAUGCUCGUUUCUUUGCGCUUCUCUUAUUAUCUUUUUGCACCCUGAUGUUCGAAAUUUAGAAAGGGAUCCUUCUGGAUCAAAAUCGAUUUGGCCAAACUUAAUCUCAUCCCUUAUCAUCUUUCCAGAUUCAUGUGCUGCUCACUGAGAACCAGUUGAGGAUGCUUCCUUACAUGAUAUUUAGUUUGCUGAGAUAUAAUUCAUCAUGCUAUUCACUUUGCCGUGGCAGAAUUUGAUCUUGUAGUUGUCCAUCAUUUUAUUGUCACGGUAUUCAAAGCUGCAAUACCAGAGGAAGUAUUAUGUUUCUUAAAUAUGUCUCUGCCUUUUUUUGUUCAAUUACUGGGAGCAUAGUCUUGGUCCAGAAGAGGCAUAGUCAUUCUCCCAAUUGGGCAACAAGUAUUAAGAUCACUCAGCACAAAAACGCGUGGCCCUUCCUGCAACCUGUAGAUGUCGAAGCUCUUGGUUUACAUGACUAUCACAAGGUAAUUGAGAAGCCAAUGGACUUCGGUACGAUUAAGAAGCAAAUGGAGGCCACUGAUGGUACUGCUUAUAAGAAUGUCCGAGAGAUAUGUGCUGACGUGAGGCUGGUCUUUGAAAAUGCAAUGAAGUACAAUGAUAAAAAGAAUGAGAUUCAUGUCAUGGCCAAGACUUUGCUCGAAAAAUUUGAGGGGCUCCCACAACUUCGUAAAGUUAUGGAGGAGGAAAAAAGACUAGAACAGGAAGAGGCAGAGGCAGGGGCACAGUUAGAUAUGGAACUUGCUAAGGAAGCUGCUUAUGCCAGGAUGGCCAGAGAAAUAAGUAAUGAGCUUUAUGAGGCUGAUAAGCAUUUGGAAGAACUCAGGGCAAUUGCGCUGUCAAAGUGCAGGAAAAUCUCAACAGAAGAGAAAAAAAAGAUAGCAGCAGCCCUUGAUAAAUUGCCAGUGGAGGAUGUUGACAAGGCUUUGGAGAUUGUUGCCCAGAAUGAUCCAAACUUCCAAUCAAAGGGUGAUCUAGUGGACUUAGAUUUAGAUGCUCAGAGUCAAUGCACUUUAUGGAAGUUGAAAUUUUUCGUUAAGGGUGCCCUGGAAGAUCAAGGAAAGGGUUCGGCAGUUGUUGAUGUCGAUGACAACCACCACGAUCGCAGUAAUAACAACAAUGGCAACGACAAUAACACCAAGAAGAGGAAGGAGAUAUGCAAUGCUAGUGCUAGAACUGCCAAGAGGAGGAGUUUGAAGGCCUCGUCCUAAAGAUGUCAAACCAUAAAAAGAUUUCUAAUAAGCACUUUGUUACGUCAACGUUCUACGAGCUGCUUCGGGAGCACCUGCUAAUUUUUCCUCCAAGUGGACCCCAUCAUGGAACAUCUCCCUCCUUACAGAAGUGAAAAAGGGGAACACAGCUUGCGCUUCCAUCUGGGGCCUCUGUUGUUAGUACUAGUAGAUCUGCCCUUAGCUGGAGGCCCACCCAUCUCACUCCAUUUUCUGAAUUCUGAUUCACAGCAUUUUUCACACUUCGAUGCUGGAAAUUGGUGUGUCAGAAAGAACCAACUGCUCUCAAAACCCAAAAGGAAUAAUAUUCUUUCCCAGAUAAAGAAAAAGGAAAUAUAUUGUCAUUCUAUGUUUGCUAAGAAAUUUAGCCACAUGCAUUUGUCUGCUGGGAUUUUCCCAAUUAUUCCUCAAUUCUCUUUUUUUCUGUGUAGGGGAAAAAAUGGCCCAAGCUAUGUAAAUCUUUCUGGUUAAUUCGUUGAUAACUCUCUGACAGAUAUGCUCCGUUGAUAUUCCUGA